GUCCGAAGAUGGAUGAGGAACCCCAAGGUGAGCGUAGAGAAAGCCCAAGGGAAGGGCCUUGUUUGUCCCUGUCCAAAGUGUCUGCUCGCUGAGGACCUAUGGUACACGCACUUCCCCUCAACUUACUGCUGCUGCCACUACGCGGGCCUGCAGGGAGGCCAGUACUACCACCAGGAGUUGUGCACGUCCUGUGUUGCAAGCGGACAAACCAGCGGGCAUGAGAAAGGCAAAGGCUGCAAGGUCAGGAAGUGGAAGAUGCUGUCUCGCCAUCAUAAUGAGAACACAGGCAAACAGAAGGAGACUGAGUCCGACUGCUGGGGGCUCCACCACUCGCCUCUCCUGGCCGGUCCUGUCAUCCUGGAGUGCUCCAUCUGCAACGGACCCUACAUCAGCUACGCCCUCGAGGACACCUGGCAGCCACGCCAACGAACACAAGCGAUGGACCUGUACUACCACAAUGAGUCAGAUUCAGAUAACUAUUGUUGCCCUGGUGACAAUGCUUUUAUGAAACAAAGGAGGAUGGGUCUGAACGACUUCAUUCAGAGGCUCGCCACAAACUCCUACGCCUGCAAGCAUCCCGAAGUUCAGUCCAUUCUGAACCUGAAUCCUCCGCAGGACGCUGAGCUCAUGAAUGCAAACCCUUCCCCUCCUCCCAGUCCGUCCCAGCAGAUCAACCUCGGCCCGUCGUCCAAUCCCUCCGCCAAACCCAGCGACUUCCACUUCCUGAAAGUGAUCGGCAAGGGCAGCUUCGGCAAGGUGCUCCUGGCACGCCACCGCACGGACGACCAGUUCUACGCCGUCAAAGUGCUGCAGAAGAAGGCCAUUCUCAAGAAGAAGGAGGAGAAACACAUCAUGUCAGAGAGGAAUGUGCUCCUAAAGAAUGUCAAGCACCCGUUUUUGGUGGGGCUGCACUACUCCUUCCAGACGGCAGACAAACUCUAUUUCGUCUUGGACUACAUCAACGGAGGAGAGUUGUUCUACCACUUGCAGAGGGAACGCUGCUUCCUCGAACCCAGAGCCAGGUUUUACGCCGCGGAGAUCGCCAGCGCUCUGGGUUACCUGCACUCCCUCAACAUCGUCUACAGAGACUUGAAGCCAGAGAACAUCCUGCUGGACUCCCAGGGCCACAUCAUCCUCACGGAUUUUGGCCUGUGUAAGGAGAACAUCGAACCUAACGGGACCACGUCGACUUUCUGCGGCACACCAGAGUAUUUGGCUCCUGAGGUGCUACACAAGCAGCCAUAUGACAGGACAGUAGACUGGUGGUGCUUAGGAGCGGUUCUGUACGAGAUGCUGUAUGGCCUGCCUCCGUUCUACAGCCGCAACACGGCGGAGAUGUACGACAACAUCCUGAACAAACCCCUGCAGCUCAAACCCAACAUUUCCAAUGCGGCGCGACACCUGCUGGAGGGACUGCUACAAAAGGACAGAACCAAGAGACUGGGCUGCGCAGAGGACUUUAUUGAAAUCAAAAACCACAUAUUCUUCUCUCCUAUCAACUGGGACGACCUCAACGCCAAGAAAAUGACCCCUCCCUUUAACCCGAAUGUGACGGGACCGAACGACUUGCGGCACUUUGAUCCAGAGUUCACGGACGAGCCGGUUCCCAGCUCCAUCGGCUGCUCCCCAGACUGCGCCCUCGUCACCUCCAGCAUCAAAGACGCAGCCGAGGCCUUCGUGGGCUUCUCCUACGCCCCGUCCAUGGACUCCUACCUAUAGGACUCAAAACACAGGCUCUUAACCAGGACUCUAGUUUUUUUUUUUUUUUUUUUUGCUCACUGAACAUAGACUGCGCCGUGCCCGUGGACGUUGCAUCUUGACCUCCCGCCCCUCCCAAACACAUCAUUUCUCCUUGGAAUGAUACGUUUUUUUGUUUUGUUUUGUUUUUCCACACAAACCCUGCAAGAGCUCUUCACCUCCACGUGUUCCCGUUUUCUCUCAGACUCUUGAACACAUUUAAUAUACUUGCUGAGAGAGAACGUCCACUGUAAAUAUCAGCCAGUUUGGGAAUGUCGCCAUCAACCUAAAUCCCCCGUUGGCAGUCUUAAAUCCCCCCCAAUUCCCAACGGUGGAGGUCUUUUUGCACAUAUGGCUCAGGCAGCUUUAACCCUUCCUCCUGACAUCGCAAGCACAUCUAGAUCCCCGUUUUCAUCCACGUAGCGAAACAUCUUCCACCUACAGGGACCUACCUGCUGAGUCUGAACGCUUGGAGAUCACUUGUUGGUGCUUUUGUUUUCUUUUGUGUUUUGAAAAAAAAAAGGGGAGACCAGGGGGGAAGCUGAAUGUUACAGAUAAGGGGGGCGGUGUAUCAUUACUGUCAGAGGUGCCUUCUUUUAUUUUCUUUCUCUCCAUCAUUGCUCAUCACGUUAGUUGUUAGCAUUAGUUAUAUUAGUUAAAUGUUGUGUUUUUAUCUUUUCAAGACACUUGAGGAUGUAGCACUAAGUGAUGAGACGCAGGGACUCAAAUGUUUCGUAUCUUCGUUUGCACACUAAAAGCUGAUUGAGAGAUGGAAAGAGUUGCACUUGCUGCUGGGCGACGACGACGAGAGGCACGCGUCGAGAAGUACCGCAGUUCCGCUUGCCCAACUGCGCCCCACCCCCCUGUGUAGUCUUCCGAUCGCCUCCCACCGAUGUGACGCCGGGUUACUCGGCGACGUCAUAACUGAACAUUCCACUUUAAUAUUGCUGUAACGCAAACUUGACGGUAUUUAAGUUUCUUGUAUAUUUGGAGUUACGUGUACUAGUUUUAAUGUAUAUUGAAGAAGAAAACGACUAAAAGUAAUGCCUAAAAAAAGAAAAAAAACAUGUAUAUGUAAUAAUUUCUGUUUAAUGUACUGUAAAUUGUAAAAUUGUUUAUGUGACCAUGUUUGGUUUGCAAUAAAAGUUUAACUUUAUUACACAUUA